AUGCAAAAUUUGAGUGGAAUCCCAUCUGAUUUCUCGGCGACAAAUGCUGCUGAUGAGUGUGGUGCCUUGAAGAAUUCCAUUGAGUCCUUGGAUGUUGUUGGAGGGAAUUCAGAAAGUGGAGGCUUUGUGUUGAGGUUCUGCUUGUUGUGGAAUUUGAAACUUGUGGGGUUGAAGGCAACAAUUAGAGGCAUUUCUGGGGAAAGGGUUGGAGUUAGAAUUGUUGUGGUAAUGAAGGCUCCUCCAAAUGGCUACAUGCCUAAUUCUGGCGAAGGGGAGAGGAAGACCAUCAAUUCAGAGUUAUGGCAUGCUUGUGCUGGACCAUUGGUUUCCUUACCUCCUGUUGGAAGUCUUGUGGUUUACUUUCCUCAAGGACACAGUGAGCAAGUUGCAGCAUCCAUGCAAAAGGAGGCUGAUUUCGUUCCCAGUUACCCUAACCUUCCAUCGAAGUUGAUUUGCAUGCUUCACAAUGUUGCUCUUCACGCUGAUCCUGAAACGGAUGAGGUCUAUGCGCAGAUGACACUUCAACCUGUUAAUAAAUAUGACAAGGAAGCAUUAGUGGCAUCUGACAUGGGUCUCAAACAAAACCAACAACCUACUGAGUUCUUUUGCAAAACUCUUACAGCUAGUGAUACAAGCACUCAUGGUGGAUUUUCUGUGCCCCGUAGGGCAGCUGAGAAAAUAUUCCCGCCUCUGGAUUUUUCAAUGCAACCUCCAGCUCAGGAGAUUGUUUCCAAAGAUUUGCAUGACAGUACAUGGAUAUUUAGACAUAUUUAUCGCGGACAGCCAAAGAGGCAUCUAUUGACGACCGGUUGGAGUGUCUUUGUUAGCACAAAAAGGUUGUUUGCUGGAGAUUCAGUUCUUUUUAUCAGGGAUGAAAAACAACAACUUCUUUUAGGUAUAAAGAGAGCUAACAGACAGCAGCCAGCACUAUCUUCAUCAGUAAUAUCCAGUGACAGCAUGCAUAUUGGCAUUCUUGCUGCUGCAGCUCAUGCUGCUUCAAAUAACAGCCCAUUUACUAUAUUUUAUAAUCCAAGGGCCAGCCCCUCUGAAUUUGUAAUUCCAUUAGCUAAGUAUAAUAAAGCCCUCUACAAUCAAGUUUCCCUUGGAAUGAGAUUCAGAAUGAUGUUUGAGACCGAGGAGUCAGGUGUACGCAGAUAUAUGGGUACAAUCACUGGGAUAAGUGACUUGGAUCCUGUCAGAUGGAAGAAUUCACAGUGGCGCAAUCUACAGGUUGGAUGGGAUGAAUCAACGGCUGGUGAGCGCCCAAGCAGAGUUUCAAUUUGGGAUAUUGAACCAGUAGUGACUCCUUUCUACAUUUGUCCACCUCCAUUUUUUAGGCCAAAGUUCCCCAAGCAACCAGGAAUGCCAGAUGAUGAGUCUGAUAUAGAAAAUGCUUUCAAGAGAGCUAUGCCCUGGCUUGGAGAUGACCUUGGAAUGAAGGACGCCUCGAGUUCAAUCUUUCCUGGUUUGAGUUUGGUGCAAUGGAUGAGCAUGCAGCAGAAUAAUCAGUUGUCCGCUGCCCAAUCAGGAUUUAUACCCCCAUCCAUGCUUUCAUCCAAUACACUGCAUGGUAACCUUCCCACUGAUGAUCCAUCCAAAUUAUUGAACUUUCAAGCUCCUGUCCUCUCUGCACCAAAUCUACCAUUUAACAAACCAAAUUUACCAAACCAAGUCAACCAAUUGCAACAAUCCCCAACGUCAUGGCCUCCUCAGCAGCAGCAACAGCAGAAGCUUCCAUCAUUAAUGCAAACACCCUUAAAUUCCCUCCAACAGCAGCAACAGAGGCAACAACAGCAGCCUGUACUGCAAAACCUGUCACAACCACAGCAACAACAGCCCCAAAUGCCUCAACAGAGAGCACAAAUGCCACAACAACAGCAGCAGCAGUCAUGUCAACAGACCAUCAUGAAUAGUGGGGCAAUUGCUUCUAACCAGAUUCCAAAUCAGUGUGUGCAGCAACCAGUGACAUACUCCCAGCUUCAGCAACAGCAGUUACUCUCAGGAACUCUCCCACCCCAACAAAGUUUUCAAUCGCCCAAUAAGAAUACAUUGCUGAUGACAUCCUUACCACAAGACUCACAGUUUCAGCAACAAAUAGACCAGCAAGCUAGUCUCGUACAGAGGCAGCAACAACAACAGACACAGUUGCAAUCAUCUCCAUUGCAGUUGUUGCAACAAAGCCUGUCACAGAGGGCACCACAGCAACCACAAAUGACUCAAAUGUCACAGCAAAACAGCUCAGAGCAGCAACCACAGUUGCAGUUGCUACAGAAAUUGCAGCAACAACAGCAGCAGCAACAGCAACUCCUUUCCACUUCUAGUCCACUUUUGCAGUCUCAGCUUCUACAACAACAAAAUACUCAUCAACAAAACCAACACUUACCGCAGCUACCUUUAUCACAAUGUCAUCAACCUCAGCAGCUUGGCAAUAAUGCUUUCUCAAUGGAGAAGCUUUUCAAUGGCAACAACUACUCUUCUUCGUCUCUGAUGCAAACACAGCAGCUUCCUGUGAACCAACCUCAUAAUACACAGAAAUCAUUAACUAAUACUAGAGCUCCUUCAACUCUUACAGAAGGAGAUGCCCCAUCAUGCUCAACUUCACCAUCUACUAAUAACUGCCAGAUAUCUCCUUCAAAUUUGAUGAAAAGAAAUCAACAGGUGCCAACCACAUUAGGAGGACCUUCAGUAGUUGAACCCACCAAUCAUUUGAUGCAGGAGCUUCAUAGCAAGUCUGAGAUGCAGAUCAAACACGAAUUACCCAGUGUAAGAGGACCUGACCAGAUGAAGUACAAAGGGACAAUUGCUGACCAGAUGGAAGCUUCUUCUGGAACAUCUUACUGUAUUGAUCCUAAUAAUAUCCCCCAGAACUUCCCACUUCCCAGUUUCUGCAUGGAUGGGGAUGUUCAAUCACACCCAAGAAAUAAUCUUCCAUUUGCCUCUAAUCUUGAUGGAUUAACGCCAGAUACUUUACUCUCAAGAGGGUAUGAUUCUCAAAAAGAUCUUCAAAACUUGCUGUCUAAUUAUGGUGGUGCUCCAAGAGACAUUGAAACUGAGCUGUCCACUGCUGCCAUUAGUUCACAGCCAUUUGGGGUGCCAGACAUGCCUUUUAAGCCUGGAUGCUCCAGUGAUAUUGCCAUCAAUGAUCCUGGGGUUUUGAAUAAUGGCUUGUGGGCUAAUCAGACUCAAAGAAUGCGAACAUAUACUAAGGUUCAAAAAUGUGGCUCUGUUGGAAGAUGUAUUGAUGUCACCCGUUACAAGGGAUAUGAUGAACUCCGACAUGAUUUGGCUCGGAUGUUUGGGAUUGAAGGGCAGCUAGAAGAUCCUCAAAGGACAGAGUGGAAACUAGUCUACGUAGAUCAUGAAAACGACAUUCUUCUUGUUGGUGAUGACCCUUGGGAAGAAUUUGUAAGCUGUGUCCAGAGCAUAAAGAUAUUGUCAUCUGCUGAGGUACAGCAAAUGAGCUUGGAUGGAGAUUUAGGUCAUAUUCCAGUCCCCAAUCAAGCUUGUAGUGGGACAGACAAUGGCAAUGCAUGGAGGGGACAGUAUGAUGAUAACUCUGCAGCCUCGUUUAAUCGAUAA